AAGAGAGGCGCGGCGGCCGAGCAGAGCCGCUCCGGGCCGCGGCCAUGCCCAAGCGGGGCUGCCCCUUCGCGGAUGCGGCCCCGCUGCAGCUCAAAGUGCGUGUCGGCCAGAGAGAGCUGAGUCGCGGCGUGUGCGCCGAGCGCCUCACGCGAGAGAUUUUCGAGAAGACCACGCAGCUCCUCUUCCGUGGGGCCCAGGCCUGCAUGGACCCUGCGUGGGAGGAAGGCUGCGCCAUCGUCCACACGCCGGAAUCCCCGAGGCCUGGCCCCACAGAAGCCCCUCGGGCCGCGCGCGGGCAGAUGCUGAUUGGGCCCGACGGCCGGCUGACCCGAAGUCGAGCGCAGGCCUCCGAGGCUGACCCGGCUGGGGCAGCGUCGGGAGCCUGCUCGUCGUGCGUGCGGGCCGUGGACGGGAAGGCGGCGUGCGGCCAGUGCGAGCGGGCCCUGUGUGCGCGCUGCGUGCGCACCUGCUGCAGCUGCGGAGCCGUGGCCUGCGCCCUGUGCGCCCACGUGGACUGCGGGGGCGACCUUCACGAGCGAGUGCUGUGCUCCGGCUGCGCCGUGUUCGAGGCCUGAGCCCGCCGGGACCGCCGCCCCCCGGGACCGCCGCCCCGCCUCGACUGAGGAACCUGGGGAGGGUGCCUUUUCUCUUUUGUAUUUUGUGCUCCUGACGACUGAAGACAAUAAAUGCUUUAUAUUUGGA